ACACUAAACUUUUAAAUCUGACGUCACACCCACGAGCCCAGCUGUUCCAUACUACGUACGAAUUAGCAAAAUAUUCGUACUCCUUUCCCGAUUAUUUUUAGAGAAACCGUUCGUCUGACGUGUGCCGCGCACACGGGCGUCCGCGCGCGGCCCGGACGGUAACGGAGCCCGACGGACCCCUAUGGAGCCCCCGGCGUUCGGCGGAGACACGCCGGCCCUUUCCGUGGCCCCCGGAGGCACCGCCACCCUCCUUAUACCCCUGGCCGGGACGCCGCCGUUCCAGUACGAAUGGAGCAGAGCGGGAGCGUCCCUGGAUUCACGCUUCACCGUAUCUGAGGGCGCGGGGGGCGUGCGGCUGACCGUCACCGCGGCGCGAGAGCAGGAUGGCGGCAUCUACACGCUGCAGGCUAGCAAUGCAGCAGGCAGGGACACAGCCCGCGUGCGGCUCGAGGUGACCGACGAGACGAGCGGCGACGACCCGCCCACCUUCGUGCGGAGGCUGCAGGACCUCACAGUCAAAGUCGGCACCAGGACGAGGUUCCUCGUCGAGAUCCUUAGCUCCACUGACUGCAAAGUAACAUGGUACCGCAACGAACGCCGUCUACUCGAAGCGGAGCGGGUGUCUCUCGUGCGUGACGGUAACUUCUGGUGCUGCGACGUCGCUUGCGUGAGCGUGGACGACGCUGGACGCUGGACGUGCGCGGCCGAGAACAGAGGCGGGCGGGCCAGCUGCGCGGCGCACCUCAAUGUGCUGGCUGUUAAUGUGUUGGGUACAACACACCCCGGUCUACUCGGAGUGGAGCGGGUGUCUCUCGUGCGUGACGGUAACUUCUGGUGCUGCGACGUCGCUUGCGUGAGCGUGGACGACGCUGGACGCUGGACGUGCGCGGCCGAGAACAGAGGCGGGCGGGCCAGCUGCGCGGCGCACCUCAAUGUGCUGGCUGUUAAUGUGUUGGGUACAACACACCCCGGUCUACUCGGAGUGGAGCGGGUGUCUCUCGUGCGUGACGGUAACUUCUGGUGCUGCGACGUCGCUUGUGUCAGCGUGGACGACGCUGGACGCUGGACGUGCGCGGCCGAGAACAGAGGCGGGCGGGCGAGCUGCGCGGCGCACCUCAAUGUGCUGGUGCCGAAAGCCUACAAGCGACCGGAGUUCGUGGAGGAGCUACGGGCCAUCCUGACUGAACAGGGGACUGUGUCAUUAGAGUGUAAGGUGGUCGGUGUGCCUACACCGGUGUUGAGGUGGUUUAAGGUCAGUUAA